AAUCAGCAUCGCCGGCAGGCGGGCACAGUGUAAAGAGAAAAGCAAUCUCGAUGCAAUUUAGCGAAGCAAAGCUGCCGGUAACGUGCGAAUUAAAAGAUGAACAAACGCUGACAGGCUUUAGACGCCACUACUAAAGAUCUUAGUAUAAUUUUACGAUGCUCACAUACAUGAGAAAAUAGCGUAGAGCGUUAAAACUCAGUGAUUAUGUUUGAAAACAGACUGAAUUGGAAUUCGCGUAGCCUACCUGUGUGGAAAGAUGUAACGUUAACUCAAAAACACAGAUCUGUGAUUGACAGCAUCUUAUUCUUGGUCUUUUAAACCGUCGAGUAGCAUGUCAAGCGACAUAAGCCUGCACGAGCUGCUGGAUCUCUCCAUAGGGACUCCAGACGCCGGAUCUGUAAACUUCGGCGCGCUGCACACUUUACUGCACGCCCUCCUGGGACACCUGAAGAUUGAGAGGGUCACAACUACCUGGAAGGAGGUGGACCACGACCAUGACAGCCCAGCCCAGACCAAAGCCUUGCUGCUGGACUCUUCGAGGCCGUACCGGGCGCUGGAGGAGAAGCUGCGGCGGAUGGAGGAGCAGAUGUGCGCGCUGGAGGCUCUGCCCAGCGCCGCGGAGCUCAUGAGGUCCGACACCGCGCUCAGCGACAUGUGGACGCUCAUGCAGCUCCGCAGAAAGACGCAGGCCAACGAGGACGGGGUGUCCAAGUGUAUGGCCUUAAUCCAAGACCUGCUGAAGGAAAUCCAGGAACUCAAAGAGUCCAGAGACGAUCUGAGACUGGAAGUUGAUGCUCUGAACGAUCAGAUCAGCCAGCUGAACAUGAAUGAGUUGUUAGACCGUAUCAUUGCUAUGGAGCAGUAUUGCCACCAAGUGGAAGAUUUGGACAACACUACGAAAGAGCUGAAGGACAAGAUGGCCCAGUACCCCGUUCCAGAGGAGCUCACGCAGUGUGUCACAUGGGAAGUGAUGCAGGCUGCGCUCAUGAGCGAGAGGGAGAAGAUUCAGGAGGCACGUCCAGCUGUAAACACUCAAUACAAAGCAUGA